CCGGAGGCGGAGGGGGCGGAGCCGCGCUAGCAGCUGCCACCCGGCCUCCCGGCCCCGGCAGAGGACACCCGCCCGCCGCGGGGCACGCACCGCUCGCACUCACUCUCCAAACAAUGCUCCGAGGCGCCCGGCGGGGCGGCUGGCGGCUCGGCGACCGACGGCGAGGCCGGGGGAGCGCGGCCCCGAGACUCAGCCUCUCGCUGGGAGUGCGGCCAUCCUCAGGUCGGGCAGCUCUCUGACAGGCCCAGUGUUCUGCUGUCCCGGGAAGCCGCCCUGCGACCCGCAUCUGCCUCCCAGGAGACCAGGCCGGAGAGCCGAGCGCAAGAUGAGCCAGCGCGCCGUGGGCUCAAGAUGCACCGGACCGUCCGACUGAGCCCUGAGAGCCCGAAGAUGUCUGCGUGCGGUGACUUUGUGGAACACAUCUGGAAGCCCGGGUCCUGCAAGAACUGCUUCUGCUUGAGGAGUGACCACCAGCUGGCGCCCGGCCACCUGCCCCCUCCGCCUCGCCUGCCCCCCAGGCCCGACAACUGCCGCCUGGAAGAUGAAGGCGUGAACGGCUCGCCCUACUCCAAGCCCACCAUCGCCGUGAAGCCCACCAUGAUGAGCCCCGACACCUCCGAUGUGUGGACAGAGGCGAACCUGAGUGCCGACGUCUCGCAGGUCAUCUGGAGACGAGCCCCCGGCAAGCUCCCCCUCCCGAAGCAGGACGACGUGCCGCUAGUUUACCUGGGCAGCUUCCGUGGUGCCCAGAAGCCGGCCGGGCCCUCUGCCUCCACAGAUGGCCUCGCUCGCUGCCCCCCGGCCUAUGCCGUGGUGGGCCUGCACAGCCUAGAGGCCCGGGGGCAGCGGACCACUGCCUUCCACCCAGUGAGUUUCUCCAGCGAGAAGGUGGGGCGAGAAGAUAAACCCAUGUUUCCCUACCAAGAGCUGACCUCCGCUCAGGAGAGCUUCCGCCAGAAGGUAGCUGCCUUUGCUGGCAUGACGUCUGGCUGUCACAAGGGCCCCGGGCCCUGCCCCUCCCCACAGCCCCUGCGGGAGUCCCUGCCCUCGGAGGACGACAGCGAUCAGAGGUGCUCACCUUCGGGGGACAGCGAAGGGGGAGAGUAUUGCUCCAUCCUGGACUGUUGCCCCGGGAGCCCCGUUGCCACGGCCACCUCACAGGCUGAGAGUUCUCGGGGCAGACCUGGCAGAGGGGACCGCUCACCACUGUGCUGGGAGCAGGGCGUGUGUGGGGGCCCCCCUGAGGAGGAGAAGCAGGUUCUGAGCUUCCCGAGGGAGUGCUGUAGCCAGGGCCCAGCUGAGAACCCGCCCCGCCUGGGUCCCAAGAAGCUGUCCCUUACCUCAGAGGCCGCCAGUUCUUCGGAUGGCCUCUCCUGUGGGACUGCCAGCAGUGGGGCCAGCAGCCCCUUCACCCCCCAUCUGGAGAGCGAUUACUGCUCCCUCGUGAAGGAGACUGUGCCAGGCAAGGAGCAGGACUCAGGCUGCCACGUGCUGACCUCUACCAGGUGCCUUGGACUGACGGGGGAGGCCCAGCCUCCAGCCCACCCCAGGGAGGCGGUACAGCCUGAACCCAUCUAUGCUGAGAGCACCAAGAGGAAGAAGGCGGUUCCAGCACCUUCCAAGCCACAGGCCGCAGCGGAACAGGCAGCAGCUGCUCGGGGCCAGGGCCAGGUACGGACAGCUAAUGCCUGGGCUCAGAAAGCAGCAUCUGGCUGGGGCCGGGACAGGGAAGGCCCAGAUAUGGCUCCCCAGGUGGCAGCCACCAUCACAGUCAUGGCAGCCCACCCAGAAGAGGACCGCCGGACAAUCUACCUGAGCAGCCCCGACUCCGCCGUGGGGGUCCAGUGGCCACGCGGGCCUGUGAGCCAGGACUCUGAGGCAGGUGAAGAGGAGGCUGCAGCUGGGCAGGGGCUGAGCUCCAGAGAAAGCCACCGUCCCGACGCGAGUGAGAACACGCCCAAGGGGAAGCCUGCCAUUCCCCCCAAGCUGUCCAGGAGUAGCCCCGGAGGGUCCCCGGUGUCCCCCUCUGCCUCCCCACUGUCUGACCUCAGCGAGGGGGGCUCCGCUGGUGGUACGGGGCCCCAGGCUUCCCCCAGGGGCCCCACUGACUCUGCUUCUUCCUGCCGGGCCAGUGGCGUCGCCGCCGGUGACUCUGUCCGGUGCCACCCCCCAGCUGCCCCCGCCUCAGCCUUGGACCAGAGGAGGCCCCGGUACCAGACGGGGGCCUGGAGCCGUCAGUGCCGGAUAGAGGAAGAGGAGGAGGUGGAACAGGAGUUGUUGAGUCAAAGCUGGGGAAGAGAGAUGGAAAACGGCACCGCAGACCCCUCCAACUCCUCCGCGUGGCACUGUGUCCGCCCCACAGACGGCUGCUCCGGGCAAAGCAGCAGAGUGGGCACCGGGAUGAGCAAAUCGGCCUCUUUUGCCUUUGAGUUCCCCAAGGACAGGAGUGGGAUUGAGGCAUUCUCACCUCCGCCGCCGCCUCCGAAGUCGCGGCACCUUUUAAAGAUGAACAAGAGCAGCUCUGAUUUGGAGAAAGUGAGCCAGGGCUCUGCAGAGAGCCUCAGCCCUCCCUGCAGGGGUGUCCCCGUCAGCUUCACCACGGGUUCCACAGACAGCCUGGCCUCGGACUCCAGGACCUGCAGCGAUGGAGGCCCUCCAUCUGAGCCAGCGCACUCACCCACCAGCAGUGGGAAGAAGCUCUUUGCUCCUGUUCCGUUCCCUUCGGGCACCACUGAGGAUGUGUCCCCCAGCGGCUCCCUACAGCCCCCGCCUCUCCCCCAGAAGAAGUUAGUGAGCCGGGCAGCCUCUUCACCUGACGGCUUCUUCUGGACCCAGGGCUCCUCCAAGCCAAGAACAGCAAGUCCCAAGCUGAACCUCAGCCACUCAGAAACCAACGUCUGUGCCCACGAAGAGCCCCACUUCAGCUACUCCUCAAGCCCCGGAAGCCGCCAUCAUCAUACCUUCUCCUCUUCUGAACCCCUGGAGAAAACUUUCAAAGGCAACGGCCACUGGGUGCCAGUGCCAGGGCUGGCGGGCAGCAAGAGCGGGUGCGGGAGCCCCAGCCUCCAGUGCAAAGGGGUCCCCUCAGCCUCGUCCUCCCAGCUGAGCGUAUCCAGCCAGGCAUCCACCAGCAGCACCCAACUCCAGCUCCACAGCCUGCUGAGCAGCAUCAGCAGCAAGGAGGGCACCUAUGCCAAGCUCGGGGGGCUCUAUGCCCAGUCCCUGGUCCGCCUCACGGCCAAGUGCGAGGACCUCUUCAUGGGUGGCCAGAAAAAGGAGCUGCACUUCAACGAGAAUAACUGGUCACUCUUCAAACUGACCUGUAACAAGCCCUGUUGUGACUCGGGGGAUGCCAUCUAUUACUGCGCCACCUGCUCCGAGGACCCCGGCAGCACCUACGCUGUGAAAAUCUGCAAAACCCCUGAGCCCAAGACAGCCUCCUACUGCAGCCCUUCUGUGCCCGUGCAUUUCAACAUCCAGCAGGACUGUGGCCACUUUGUUGCCUCGGUGCCCUCCAGCAUGCUCACCUCUCCGGACGCACCCAAGGACCCUCUGCCUGCACUGCCCUCACACCCCCCUGCCCAGGAACAGGACUGCGUGGUGGUCAUCACCCCGGAGGUGCCCCACCAGACCGCCUCUGACUUUGUGCGGGACUCAGCCACCAGCCAUCAGUCCGAACCGGAGGCUUACGAGCGGCGCGUGUGCUUCCUGCUUCUGCAGCUCUGCAACGGGCUAGAGCAUCUGAAGGAGCACGGCAUCAUCCACCGGGACCUGUGCCUGGAGAACCUGCUGCUGGUGCAUUGCUCCCCGCAGGCCUCCCCUGGCCCCGCCUCUGCCACCCCCACGCCCCCUGUCUCCUCUGCCACCUCCAGUGCCCCCGCCCCUGCCGCAUCCCCUUCCCCUGCUGCCGCUCCCUCGCCUUGCCCCGCUGCUGCUCCCCCCGCCAGUGUCACUCCCGGUCCCUCAGCUGUCCCCGCCUGCCAGGAAGGGCCCAGGGAGAAGUACCUGCCCCGGCUCAUCAUCAGCAACUUCCUGAAGGCCAAGCAGAAGCCAGGCGGCACCGCCAACCUGCAGCAGAAAAAGAGCCAGGCCCGGCUGGCACCCGAGAUCGUGUCUGCCUCCCAGUACCGCAAGUUCGAUGAAUUCCAAACGGGCAUCCUCAUUUACGAGCUGCUCCACCAGCCCAACCCCUUCGAGGUGCGCGCGCAGCUGCGGGAACGGGACUACCGGCAGGAAGACCUGCCCCCGCUGCCCGCCCUGUCCCUCUACUCGCCAGGCCUGCAGCAGCUCGCACACCUGCUGCUGGAGGCCGACCCCAUCAAGCGCAUCCGCAUCGGCGAGGCCAAGCGGGUGCUGCAGUGCCUGCUGUGGGGGCCGCGGCGGGAGCUGGUGGAGCCGCCGGGCACGUCGGAGGAGGUGCUGUGCGGCACACUGCACAACUGGAUCGACAUGAAGCGCGCCCUGAUGAUGAUGAAGUUUGCCGAGAGGGCGGUGGACCGCAGGCGCGGGGUGGAGCUGGAGGACUGGCUGUGCUGCCAGUAUCUGGCGUCCGCGGAGCCGGGGGCCCUCUUACAGUCGCUGAAGCUCCUGCAGCUUCUGUGAGCGCAGCCCCGGGCCCCGCCCUGGAGCGGCCCGCUUCCCUGCCUGACCCCCGCCCCCCCCCCCCCCGCCCCCCGCGCCCAGCCUUGCCCUGGACACGCCCGCCUCCCCCUGGGAAAUGGUACAAACGACUGUCGUAUUUGGAUGUAAUAUAUAUAAAAAAUAUCUAAAUA